CUCCUGCUUUUAUGUGUUUUCGGUUCCACCGACUAAUGUCUUGAUGAUUUAUUGUUUGGUGGAGACUGAGUGGAGUAAAAUAAACAGAAUCGAUCGAGUAUAAAUCAAUUUUCUGGUCAUCUUCCUCAAAAGCUGCAGGUCUGAUAUAAUUUCUGAUAAAUAUCUACUAUAAGAAAUUAAGAAAUAUAUUGCCAUGUUACCCCCCUUUUAUUUUACUUUUAGGUUUUAAAAUGAUGAAAAACACAAAACUUUUUAAGAAAAAAAAGUGUUGACACAUUUUAUUUUAUUUUAUCUGACGUUGGAAUUUGUGGGAAAUUGUGUAGAACAAAAAAUAAGACAUAUGAAUACAGUUUCAAACUUAGGCCCAAAUAAGUACUUGUGGUUUUAUGUCGCUUUCCUGUCAUACUUCUUAGUUUCAAUCUGUCUACUGUUAGAUUUUUUUUCUCAGCACAUUUAGCGCUCCGCGUCCUCCUCGCCGUUAGGGGGCAGCAGAACGCCCGUUGUACCACAUAGAAACCGAAACACGAAGCAGAGCAAAGUUUGAACCAGAGUGCAUGUGGAUGUUUUGCAUGACGACGCCGCAUCUGUUUUUAGCCCUGACAGUGAGAUGCAGACCGCAGCAGGAGCGAGCUCCCCUCAACUUCGCCCUCUGUUUGGCGGAGCUCUGUCGGCGGUUGUCCCCGACAACGUCACCGACAUGAGCGAGCUCAGGGAGAUCCCCGACAACCAGGAGGUGUUCGCCCACCCCCACACCGACCAGAGCUUGAUCGUGGAGCUGCUGGAGUACCAGGGCCAGGUGGCCGACCAGGACGCAGCCAGGUACCACUUUGAGGACAUCGCGAGCAGCAACAGCGCUCGGGAGCCGGGAGCCUUCGAAGUGAGUAAUGUCGUGGCCCUGCCCAAGGACGACGUGUCCCUGUUGGAGUGCAGCAGCGCCUGGACGCUGAAGGGGACGCAGUGUGUGUCCAAGUUCAACGAAGAGGCCAGGAACACGGUGGGCAUUCACUUGGGUCUGCUCCGCCUGCCGCAGUUCUCCACAGACAUCCUGAUAACCUUCAACGACCCGCAGAGCAUCACCCCCGAAAGCAGCAGCGCCUCCACAGCUCAGACACACAGAGACCCGUGGACCGUGGACGACUUCCGGCGCACUUUACUGUCUCUGACUUUGCACGACCCUGGACUGUUCGGCUAGAACUUCCACUUCUAGCACCACCAGACUAUUUGUUGCUUUUCUCUCACACACGUUAUAGAACAGACAUGAUUUUAAGAGCUAGAGAUCAUAGGUGAAAUACGGUCUCCUUUGUUUCUGGCAGGCAAAUUAAAUUAGAAUCAAACUUCU